AUGGCGGCGUCUCUUCAAUCGCAAUAUAUGUUCCCACAUUUUCCUCCACCACCAUCUCCCGCCGGAAAACCACCAUCUCCUCCUCCUUCUCAUGCAUCGCCACCACCACCUUCUCCCACUAGACCUUCACAACCUCCUCCACAUAUCAUGGUACCGCCUCCACAUGCCCUCCCCCCACCAUCUCCUCCGCAUGCCGUCCCACCACCGCCACAUACCCUCCCACCACCACCGCCACAUAAAAUCCCACCACCACCACCACAUACCAUCCCACCACCACCGCCACAUACCAUCCCACCGCCAUCGCCUCCACAUAUGAUCCCACCACCACCACCACCACCACCUCCUUCUCCAGGGAACCAUACGACAAUCAUUGUGGUGGUGUUUGUUUCAUGUGGUGGUGUUUUCUUCUUGGCAUUCAUUAUGGCUGCAUUGUGGUGUUUCCUCAAGAAGAAGAAGAAGAUGGUCCGAAAGGCUGAAAAUGUGCACGUGGAUGAACACCGAACAGUGAAAGAGAGUAUUGUACAAGGACCACAUGGGACUGAAACAGUGAUGCUUUCGGUGGAAGAUGAUAUACACAUCGAAGAAGAUAUCAGGAAGAGUGAAAUCGAGAAUUUCCGAAAAGGUUUGCAUUUGAAUUCUGGUGUCAUUGAUGCAGCAUCUUCUAGUACUGGCGACCACCAUCAUGGCCAGAAGUUGUGAGAUUAUACACGUUGGACUACUAAAAUUCCUGCAGCAGCGCAAGCUUCAAGUUCAGAACAAAUUUGUGUAAUAAAUAUGGUUGUUUUAAUGUGGUGUAAAACUGUUUUCAUUAUUAUGUAUCGAUCUAUUUGAAUUUUUGUUGA